UAAUUCCCGUUGUUUACGAUUCGCUACAGAUUCCUUGUUUCUCGCUUCUUAGUCCGAGCUAUUCUGACCUUUUAAAUUAUACUGAUUAAUAAUCUGCAACUUAGUAUCGCCCUGGCCGUUGAGGAGGCCUUCUGCAGAGUCAAGUCACCUCAGAGUCUGGACGAACGGACCAUGGAAUCUGCAGCGAGGAAUCCUAGAGCGCCAAAGAGCCCGCCGCUUUGAAGAUCUUGCCGCGGUGCGCGGCGGGCUCGAACUUGUUCUUCCAACACAAACGGUCGGCGCGAGAAGCGCGCUGGGGCUCCAGCUCUGGCCUUGAGGGAGUGCCUGCUGGAGACUAGUUCCGGUGAUGGGCUCCGGUUACAGAUGCCCUUUCUCCCCUUCUUGUCGUGCUGGGCUAGAGGUCUUCUUUGCUCGGGGGCUGCCGGGUGAGCCCCAGGGAGCCUGCGGGGCUGCGCACUAGUUUGGACAGAGUCGCCUCUCUCUGCUUUCCUCACCGAGACCCCGGGUGGAGGCGAAAGAGCAGAUCCAAGCUGUACUUGUAUCUUACUCUUCUUCAAAAUAUGUAUUCUACUGGUACUGAAGAGGAUGUGUUCCAGGGACAUACUUUGUUGUCAGAAAUUCCAUUACCAGAGGUAGAAAUAAUGAGCUUCAUUCUCAGAAGAUUCAUUACUCAAGUACUGAGAAUUGCACUGAAAAUCAAAGUCCUACGACUGUAGACGCACUAGAUUAUUUCAAGAGUUGGAGCUGAAUCUAAUGUUAAAUAAUGGCAACAGGUGACUUAAAAAGAAGCUUACGGAACCUAGAACAAGUGCUUCGCUUGCUAAAUUAUCCUGAAGAAGUGGACUGUGUAGGUUUGAUAAAGGGAGACACAGCAGCUUCUUUGCCCAUCAUCAGCUAUUCUCUUACUUCAUACUCACCUUAUGUAACAGAACUUCUGAUGGAAUCCAACGUAGAGCUGAUAGCAAAGAAUGACUUGCGCUUUAUAGAUACUGUCUAUAAGCUUCUUCGUGAUCAAUUUAAUUAUAAACCAAUUUUGACAAAAAAGCAAUUUAUUCAAUGUGGGUUCGCAGAAUGGAAAAUCCAAAUUACUUGUGAUAUUUUGAAUUGUGUGAUGAAGAAGCACAAGGAAUUAAGUAGUCUUACCAAGACUCCAUCACAACAAAGAAAGAAAAGCAUUGCUGGUAAGUCAGAACCUUGUUCAAGCAAUGGGAAAGCACUUUUAGAACCUGUCAGCAUUGAUGUCACGACUGGCAGGUUUCUGACUUCAGGAAAGAAGAAAGCUGUGGUGAUUCGCCACCUGUAUAAUGAAGAUAAUGUUGACAUUCCUGAAGCUACAACAAGUUCAGUAGCAGAUACUGAUGAAGCAUUUGAUAUGUUGGGCUUAAAGCCUUCUGAAAUAAACAUUCCUGAAGAAAACGUGCCUGAAAUCAAGGAUGAGCAAAAAGAUGUAAAAGUUAACCUCGAGAUUACUGCACUACAGACCAUGCUUGCUGAAUGCCAAGAAAAGCUUAAUAAGUUGCCUUCCAUAGAGAAAAGGUUAGACUGUUUGGAAGAAGCAAUGAAAGGAAAAGUGAUGGUAGAUGAAACGACCUGGACUAAUCUUCUGAGUCGUGUCACUCUUCUUGAAACAGAAUUGCUUUUGUCCAAAAAGAAUGAAUAUAUAGACUUAAAUGUAGUGAGUGAAGAAUGUGCUUCUGGUAGUGAUGUAGAUCUUCAGACUCUUGAUAGAAAAAACGAAGUGGAAGCAUCAGCAAAUAUUCCUCUGUCCUCUGGUUAUAGUACAGAAACAGAUUCAACUCCCAGAGCUUCAACUGUUAUUUACAGUGGUUUGAAAGAGACUUCAGAGGAAACAACAAUCCAGAAAUUGGAAAGGAUGAAAAAAAUGUUUGAAGAAACAGCAGAGUUACUGAAAUGCUCAAGUCACUAAUUGUAGAAUUUCCUGCAUGAACCUCUCUAGAACUUUGACUACUGUACAUGUUGUAUAUUUUAAGAAUCUAUAUAAUUUUAAUAUACUGCAAUUUUUAUUAAGAAUUUGAAUUCCAUUUGAUAUGAGUUUUUCAUUCAUUAUUGAAUAAAUAUUAUUUUUGAGCUUUGA